AUGGACUUGGAGUAUCGGAAUCUGUUGGCACCGAAUGGGCCACAUUUAAUCCCCCAGAGCGACUUUCGGUCCCCCAGCCUACCCCGGCCACCUCCGGGCCUUGACUUCAUGCAAAGAAGCCCCGAUUCAGGCGAGAUGGAGAAGACCCCGCCUGUCACGGGCAAGCGCCGAGGUGGCAGCCGAAAGGCCUGUAAUGAGUGUAAGCAACAGAAGCUGCGAUGUGAUAUCGUACAAACACCAGCCGAGGCAUGCUCACGCUGUCGUCGGCUGGGAAUCGACUGCAAAGUUGAGCAAUCUUUUAAACGUAUCUCUAAGCGAAGACGAAAUGCGGAAAUGGAAAAGGAGAUUGCAGACCUUCGUCGCCGCCUUGCAACAAAUCCUGAUCAGGAGCAUGGAACUGACCAUCAGACUGGCGAUGAAAUGUCACAAUGCUCUGAGGAUGUAUUUCGCCGUCGGGAAUCUUCUGCGGUAGACCGAUCACGUCCUGUAUCGGUGCCACUAGAACCUCAUCCUUCCAUGGCGACACCGCUCACUAUGAAGCGAUCUGGGUCCAUUCUUUCACAGGACGAAUAUACACCUUGGAGGCUAGAGGAUAUUGCGCUUUCUCGAGCUCGUGUCGGUCGACUAUUUGACCAAUUCUACAACUUUUACCACCCAUUUCUUCCUCUUCUCAACCUACCUAAACCCCCAGAAGUUUACCUCAAUCGGUGUCCUUUACUGGCGUGGACUGUUGUCUGCAUUGCCAGUCGACGCUCACCGUCGGAUCCUGGGCUAUUAACAGCUCUUUCAGGACCAUUCAGUCGACUCUUAUGGUCAACUAUCACCAAUGUUCCACAGGAUUACCGAGUUGUCAAGGCACUAUGCCUUUUGUGCACAUGGCCUCUUCCCACCACAAGUCAACGGACAGAUGCUACUUUCAUGCUUAGUGGUUUGAUGAUGCAAAUUGCUAUGCAGCUGGGAUUACACCGUCCAGUUCAACCGGAACAGUUCACAACCUUCCAAAUGGAAGUCCAAGGGGAAGCUAUGAAGGAUCGCUUGCAUACGUGGAUUAUUUGCAAUAUAGUAGCCCAGAAUGUUGCGACUGGAUAUGGCCAACCUGCGAGCACAAUAUACGACUGGGCUCUUGAGCCUAUCUCUUUCAAAGACGCAGAUUACCGCUUGCCCACAGAUCUUGCUAUACGACUACGCAUUGAAAAGUUCUGUGAUCGGGUGACUAAGGCUCUUUACAGUAGCAAGCCAGAACCUGGAGAUUUUAUUAGCGCAGACAAGCUGGUCAUUGUCCAGAUUCUGGAGAGUGAACUUAGGGAGAUGGAGGUUGAAGUUGGUCAGGAGAUUUCUGCGAUCAAUAUGAUUCAUCUACGUGCCGCCGAGCUACAUUUCAGAUACUUCGUUUUCCUAGGAUCGAACGCACGCAGUGAUGAUCUUACCAAACUCUUUAUUGCAACGACUUCAUUCCUAGGACGAGUGUUGGACCUGGAAACCGCUCCAGGCGAGCUGAUUGGCCAUUCUACAAAUUAUAUACUCCAGAUGAUUGUUUCAGCUGCUUUUGCCCUGAUGAAACUCCUGAAGAGUAAUUUCAACCGUCAUAUUGACUUCAACCAUGGGAAGCUUCUAUUCAACGGAGCCAUCUCUGCCAUUCGCAGAAUUAGCGUAAUGGAUCACGACCGACCCAUUCGCCUGGCUGACAUCCUCGCACAAAUGUGGAACGCAACUGGUCCCGAACCAGCCGGAGAGGAUGGUCUUCAGCUGAAGGUCCGUUGCCGAAUGAGCAUGAGUCAUGUCUAUGACACCGUGUGGCGUUGGCGCCAACGAUUCCGUCCAGUGAAGACUAUGGAAGAAAUGCAAGCUGCCGCGGCUGCAGCAAACCUAGACAUUACUACGACGGUAGGACCGAUGAGUCGACAACAUGAUAAUUCCAUGGAAGAUCCCUCAUUGAUGCUCCCGGGCCAGUUUGAUGAAAGUGGGGCAUUCCUUAGUGAGGUUGGGUUCUCUGAGGUAUUCGACUCACUGAACUGGGUUUUUGAUGGCAUCCCUCAAGAUUAUGUGGCGCCACCAAUUCUCUGA